ACCGCGUCCCACUUCUUCACGUGACUCGAGUCUUGUGACAGUGCGGCGAGGAGAAACGUCGCUUGAGUUUGAUAAGGAGUUUCCGUCGUGAAGUCAUCCAGUUUUCUCUCUUAAACGAGAGAAAUAAAGAAAAGUUGGCUAUGGCGCAUCUUUAGGACGUUUGGCCGUCUUAAUAGCCGUUCCUGUCGCUCGCACAGAGCGGGUUGAAGUCGCAUGUGGAGAGUGGAGGAACUUUGGUCUCAUCUUUGUUUUGGUUUGUGUUUGUGAGUCCAGUGAUCAUCCACGGUAACGGAGCUCGGGGAGAUUUCGUGCUAGUUUGCUGAAGUGCAGAGGACGCCUCAGACCGGGUAUGGAUACUAAACCUCUUCUCCAGGACAGACCUCCAGCCUACAACACAGUCCCAGCCGCCUACGACUACGGCUCGAUCCCCGCGGCGGGCUUCCAGCCUCCAGCCCCGCCAACCUACCAAGGUUUCCCAGCUGCUACUUCAGGUUAUCCAGCGGCCCCAGCACCGCCUGCCGCCAGCCAGCCAGCCUACACCAGCACCUACACCAUCGUCCAGCCCUCUGUGGUGGUGGUGGGGGGAUGUCCGGCCUGCAGGGUCGGCGUGCUGGAGGAUGAUUUCACCUGUCUGGGAAUCUUGUGUGCCAUAUUCUUCUUUCCUCUGGGAAUUCUCUUCUGCCUGGCCCUGCGUCAGAGGAGAUGUCCAAACUGUGGAGCCACAUUCGGCUAGAGGGACCAAAACCCUGCCGUCGUCUUUUUAAUUCAGUUUUAAGCAUCAGCAUAGAUCCUCUGUAAUCACUGCACAUGAUAAUGCCAAACGUCGCUUACGUAACGUUAAGUUAGUAACCAGCCACAAACUCUUUGAUUAAUAUAAGAUGGUGCAUGUGAUGGGCUGUCCAUGUUUUUACAUGCCUCGCAAGCGCUAUUUGCUGAUUUUGUUGUUCUUUAUAUAAAAUCUUAAAGCCAGUCUCCAGUCAUCUAAUCACUAGUGCCUUUAUGAUGGCAGAGAAAGCAUAAACUAAACGAGCCGGGACUCACUGAGGGUAAAUCCCACACCACUCACUUCGAGUAACAUUGUGUGUGUGUAAAUGAAACGUGAAAAUGAGCAUCACUGUCGUUCAUUUUGUUUUUGUUGACUAUAAUAUGCUCCCUAAUCAGUCGCAUCUUAGUCAAGAUCAAAAAGCAUUUUCUGUGUUAAUUUUUUUUUGUGCUUGAUUUAAAAAACUGUUAUUUGUAUAUCUUGUAUUUCUGAAUCAAGUUCAGACCACGUUCUUUCUCGAUAGUCUGUUAUUUUGGGGGCCAUGUUUUCAUCACUGCACUGAUGAUCUGUGUUAUAUGUGCUGGGUUUUCUGAAAGCGUCUUAGAGGGUAAAUAUGGACAUUGGCCAUAUCCAGGUUGAACUGAAACCUGCAAUAAACAAGGGAAGCUGGCAUCUAGACAAUGUGAUACGUCACCCAAAGACACGUAGUUACUUUUUGUUUCUCUUAUCGUUUUCUUCCAGUGAUUGACAAUCAGUCUCGGUGUGAUUUCAUUCAUGAUGUACUCGUACCAUACACUAGACACGCUAUUAUGAUCGGUUAGAACUUUUCUACAUUAAGAGAAAUUGUAAAUAAAUUCUACAAGUGUUGCCGUUUGUGUUUGUUGAUUAUAUGGGACGUCC